AUGCGGCUGUUUAUCGCUGUGCUGCUGGCGUUGAGCUGUCCAUUCAGCAGAAAUCAGGCCACUGAAGAAGACUACUUCGAAAACCGCUAUGGAGUGAAUUGUGGCCACUUAUUUCCCAACUGUCACGCAGCUGAUGAAUUCACGGCCAAAUCUACAUUCACACUCACCAACAUUGUGCCACAAAAUAUCAGCUUUAAUGCCGGCAGUUGGAAUCGCAUUGAAAACGAGACCAGAGAUAGCAUGAGUACACAUUGCUAUGACAAUAACAAUAAAGUUUUAGCCCAUGUGCUGACCGGAGCUAUACCUGGCAAAAACAAACUAAACAAUAGAGUGAACAUUCCCUCUUACAUGUGGACGGCAUUCUGCUGCUAUAACAGUAGAAAAAGAUUGGAAGAUGAGGCUGUUUAUCGUGAGCGUCUCUGUCCUGCUGCUGCUUCUGGCUUCUUCAUGCGUCUCAUCUGA